CGCCGAGAGGAGAGAGCCAGAAGGCUGGGAAGGGCCGAUUGGUGAGGCGCUCGCCUGCGCCCACUGGUGGCCGGAGGUGAAGACGCCUGAGAAGGCCUCACUGCCCUCCCCUCCCCUGGGGAGGCUCGCGCUCCCGCCGCUCGCGCCUGCGCUGCCCGCCGGCCUCGGGAGCGCGCCCUCUUGCUGGUGCGCGCGCUCGCAGUCUCCGCCACCCACCAGCUCCCGCACCAGUAGCAGCGCCGCCGCCGCCGCCGCCCACCUUCAGCCGCCGCCACCACAGCCACUUUCUCCUCUGCUUUCCUCUACUGUCCUCGCCCUCUGUCGACUAUCAGGUGAGCCUUGAACUGGGAUGGCUGAGCCCCGCCAGGAGUUCAACGUAAUGGAAGAUCAAGCUCAGGGGGACUACACCCUGCUGCAAGACCACGAGGGUGAUGUGGACCAUGGCCUGAAAGAAUCUCCCCUGCAGACCCCGGCCGAUGAUGGAUCUGAGGAACCAGGCUCUGAAACCUCUGAUGCUAAGAGCACUCCGACGGCGGAAGACGUGACAGCACCCUUAGUGGAUGAGGGAGCCCCCAGCGAGCAGGCGGCCGCUCAGCCUCCCGCGGAGAUCCCAGAAGGAACCACAGGUGAGGCCGCUGGCUUGGGACACACACCAUGCCUUUCACCCGCCUCCCCUGGAUAUCUCCAGACCGAGCCUGGGCGUGUCGAGGUUGUGCAGGGAAGUUUCCUCAGGGAGCCGGGGCACCACGGAGGUGAGGCCAUGGGCCUGGGGACCCCAGGUCUGAUCCACCAGCACGUGUCCAACAUGCCGGGGGCUCCCAUCCUUCCUGAAGGCCCCAGAGAGGCCACACACCAGCCUUCAGGGAUAGAACUUGAGGACGCAGAGAGAAGCCGCCAGGGCUCUGAGCUGUUGGAGCACCAGCUUUUGGGAGACCUGCCCCAGGAGGAGCCACCUCUGAAGGAGGACCAGGGCAAAGAAAGGCUGGGGGGCAAGGAGGUGGAUGAAGACCGAGACAUCGAUGAGUCCUCGCCCCAGGACUCCCCUCCCUCCCAGGUCUCCCCAGGUUGGCAGAGCCCCCCUGCCCAGGGCGGGCCACCCCCCCGGGCAGUUUCCAGGGAAACCACUGGCAUUUCAGGUCUCCCAGCCCAGGGUGCCAUCCCCCUCCCUGUCGAUUUCCUCUCCAAAGUUUCCACAGAGACCCGGGUCUCAGAACCCGAAGGGCCCGGCGAGGGCCCCCCGGCGGAAGGUCAUGACGGGCCCCCCGAGUUCACGUUCCACGUGGAAAUCAAAGCCAGUGCACAGAAGGAACAGGGACGGUCAGAGGUGGAUUUGGAAGGGGCUGCACUUCCCGGGGCCCCUGGAGAGGAGCAAGAGCCCCGGGGCCCCUCUGAGGGCGAGGACACAAAAAAGACCGAACUUCCAGAACCGUCUGAAAAGCAGCCUGCAGCUGGCCUGCCAGGAAAACCCGUCAGCCGGGUUCCUCAACUCAAAGCUCGCAUGGUCAGUAAAGGCAAAGAUGGAACUGGACCCGAUGACAAAAAAACCAAGACAUCCACACCUUCCUCUGCUAAAACCCUGAAAAAUAGGCCUUGCCUUAGCCCUAAACGCCCCACUCCUGGUAGCUCAGACCCUUUGAUCAAACCCUCCAGCCCUGCCGUGUGCCCAGAGCCAUCUUCCUCUCCUAAACACGUCUCUUCUGUCACACCCCGAACUGGCAGUUCUGGAGCAAAGGAGAUGAAAGUCAAGGGGGCGGACGGUAAACCUGGAACAAAGAUCGCCACAUCUCGGGGAGCGGCCCCUUCUGGGCAGAAGGGCCCUGCCAACGCCACCAGGAUUCCAGCAAAAACCACGCCCAGCCCGAAGACUCCUCCUGGCUCUGCUACCAAGCAAGUGCAGAAAAAACCACCCCCUGCAGGGGCAAAAUCUGAGCAAGGUGAUUCUGGGAAAUCUGGGGACCGCAGUGGCUACAGCAGCCCGGGCUCCCCAGGCACUCCAGGCAGCCGCUCCCGCACCCCAUCCCUGCCAACCCCACCCACCCGGGAGCCCAAGAAGGUGGCAGUGGUCCGCACUCCACCCAAGUCGCCAUCUGCAGCCAAGAGCCGCCUGCAGGCUGCCCCUGGGCCCAUGCCAGACCUGAAGAAUGUCAGGUCCAAGAUCGGCUCCACCGAAAACCUGAAGCACCAGCCGGGAGGUGGGAAGGUGCAGAUAAUUAAUAAGAAGCUGGAUCUUAGCAACGUCCAGUCCAAGUGUGGCUCAAAGGAUAAUAUCAAACACGUGCCAGGAGGCGGCAGUGUACAAAUAGUCUACAAACCAGUGGAUCUGAGCAAAGUGACCUCCAAAUGUGGCUCAUUAGGCAACAUUCAUCAUAAGCCAGGAGGUGGCCAGGUGGAGGUAAAAUCUGAGAAGCUGGAUUUCAAGGAUAGAGUCCAGUCGAAGAUCGGGUCCCUGGAUAACAUCACCCACGUCCCUGGCGGAGGGCAUAAAAAGAUUGAAACCCACAAGCUGACCUUCCGCGAGAACGCCAAAGCCAAGACAGACCACGGGGCAGAGAUUGUGUACAAGUCGCCUGUGGUGUCGGGGGACACAUCUCCGCGGCACCUCAGCAAUGUCUCCUCCACCGGCAGCAUCGACCUGGUGGACUCGCCGCAGCUCGCCACGCUAGCCGACGAGGUGUCCGCCUCCCUGGCCAAGCAGGGUUUGUGAUCGGGCCCCCGGGGCGGUCAGUAAUCGUGGAGAGAAGAGAGUGAGAGAGUGUGGAAAAAAAAAGAAUAAUGAUCUGGCCCUUCGCCCUCUGCCUUCCCCCAGCUGCUCCUCACAGAUCGGUUAAUCGGUUAAUCACUUAACCUGCUUUGUCGCUCAGCUCUGGCUCGGGACUUCCAAAUCAGUGAUGGGAAUAAGAGCAAAUUUCAUCUUUCCAAAUUGAUGGAUGGGCCAAUAAUAAUAAAAUAUUUUUAAGAACAUUUAAAAAGAUGGCCACACCCAGAAUUUCCUCGGGCAAUUACUUUUGAUUCUUUUUUUUUCCUCCUCUGAGUAGAAGAGGGAGGAGAGGUUCUGAAAGCUGCUUCUUGGGACUCUCAAGGGACGGGGGCACCCCUCCUUGGGCCCCAUCCUGGGGGUGCUAGAGAGGCAGCGGCGGCAACAAAGGACUUGAAACUUGGUGCGUUGGAGCCAUAGGCACAGGGCAACCUUUGGAGCAGGACAGGGUGGGGUGGGGAGGGCCCCGGAGAGGCUGCUGCAGGGGCCGGGUGGGGGGAGCGGGCAGGGGGAGGUGUGCAAGGAAGGGCGUAGGGGAGAAGCCCUGAGUUCUGCCUGGAAGGGCAGCAGAAAACAGACCAAGUGACCUCCCUUCCUGCAGCGGGUCAGUGCCACCCUCUGGAGGGCGGUCUGUGGGAGAGGGGCUCCAAUCCCCCCACGCCGUGAAGGUACAGUGAGCAGGAGAAAGGUUGGCAGGAGUGGAUCACUUCCUCUGAGACCUACUUGAUAUCCUCUGAGUAGGACUCAAGUCCUACUUGAGUGCUGGCCUCUUCCUCCCUCCCUGCAGGGCGGGGUCCUAGGCUGAUGGGCUUCCCUCUGCCCCACGGAAACCCCUUUUGUUGAGUUCUGAGGGUUGGAACUGCACCCACGGUUUUGGCCACCUCACAGAUCAGGGACUUCAGGGCUAACCAGUUCUCUUUGUAAGGACUUGUGCCUCUUGGGAGAUAUCCGCCUCUUCCCAAGUUUAGGCCUCUGGCAUCUCUGGAGUGUGUGGGGGUCAGGGAGGUGAAUCCUGAGCCUCCCCUCUCUCCCACGGCCACCGCAGCCACCUGUCUGCCCCCGCCAUGCCUGUGUCUGCCGUGUGGAGCCCAGUCACUGCCUGUACCCCUCGUCACACUGUCCUGAGUUCCUAGCCUCACCACCCCUGCUUCUCAGUAAUGGACAUUAUUUAGAUGCAGAGGCACCUACUCUAAACCAAGGGGGAGAGUAAAGUGGGAGGCAAAGUCCAGACAUAGUGGGGGAUCCUCAGUCUCAGUCUAAGUUCCACUCAUCCAGCUGGCGUGUCCCUGGCAACAACCUGAUGCCCUUACUCAGUCCCCCGCCCCACCCCCCCAUCACAGGUGUGAGCUAGCCGGGGUGGUGGGGUGUGCAACGACCCUGGAUGUUUAUGCCUUGUUGACUUGGAGAGCCUUUCCUCCCAGAGGCCUGGUCCCCUUCCUGUGCUGACCGCAGGUUGGCCGUCUUGGGUGCCAGAGAUGGCCUUGGUACAGGUCGGCAAGACCCCCAGGACAGGACUACACUCCCACCAUCCCCCACAGCUUAUGACUGCCAGCCUGUGAGAGCCCAGCUGCUGCUCAACCCCCAGUGCUCAUAACCAGCCCUCCACACCACAAAAAGGGGAACGUGCCCCCUUGGAAAUGGUUCUCCCCCCAGUCCCAGCUGGAAGCAAUGCUGUCUGUCCUACUGGAGCAGCUGAACAUAUACAUAGAUGUCGCCCUCCCCUCCCCGUCUGCACCCUGUCGCGUUGUAGUCGGAUUUGUCUGUUUAUGCUUGGAUUCACCAGAGUGACUAUGAUAGUGAAAAGAAAAAAAAAAAAAA